AUGUCGCGUAAUAUUUUGGACGAUCACAGAAUUCAAGAAAUUCUAGAGAAAGAUGGUAUUGAAGGAGAAGUCUCUUCAGAAAUUGAAGAUAACUUAGAGAUCGACGAUGACGACUCAAAUUCCAGUCAAAGCGGCGAUGAUGAUAAUUCUGAGGCCGAAGAUUUUUCAGCAGGGGAUACAGUGACUAGUGAUGAAAAACUGGAGCCAUUUCGUGGUCGUUGUCCAUUUCUCCAGUACAUGCCGAAGAAGCCUGCCAAAUACGGAAUAAAAAUAUUUGUAAUGGCUGACUCAAGAACUUACUAUUCGCCAUGUUUAGAAGUAUACACCGGAAGACAAAAUUCAGGACCACAUGCUGUAAGUAACACUCCUCCAGAUGUCGUGAAACGUUUGGUUGAGCAAGUAAGAGGGUCUCAUCGUAACGUGGUAAUAGAUAAUUGGUUCACGAGUAUCCCAUUGAUGACAGAAUUGUAUGAAGAUUAUGAGCUUACGGUUGUAGGGACUCUUCGUAAAAAUAAACCAGAAAUACCCCCAUGCUUUGUUGCUACACGAGGACGAGAAGAAUAG